ACUAUUUGGCUAGAAAUGAAGUCUGUUGGCUUGAAGAAUGUCAAAAUGUGUGGUUCAAAGAGUUCUGUACACCUAGAAGAUCAGCCAUUAAGCCAAACUAGAAGGAAAGUCAGGCUUAUGGAUGAACGGUCACAUACACUUUCGAUUGGCAAUGGAGACAACUUUUGGGCAAAUAAAGACAUGUUGUGGAAUUAUAUGCAGACAUUAUCUGAUCAGGGAGCAGAAAAACAUGAAGGGACUGGUCAGCCCUCCGGGAUCACUGACCAGGAGAAGGAGCUGUCCACCAGCGCUGCCCAAGCCUUCACAUCUGGAAAUUAUGAUGCCUGUCUUCAACACCUUGCCUGUCUACAAGAUAUAAACAAAGAUGAUUAUAAAAUAAUUUUGAAUACAGCAGUAGCUGAGUUUUUUAAAAGUAACCAAACAACAACAGAUAAUUUGAGACAAACACUUAACCAGCUGAAGAAUCAGGUCCACUCAGCUGUUGAAGAAAUGGAUGGAUUAGAUGAUGUUGAAAACAGCAUGUUAUACUAUAAUCAAGCAGUCAUUCUCUAUCAUCUGCGGCAGUAUACAGAAGCAAUAGCAGUUGGUGAAAAACUUUAUCAGUUCAUAGAACCUUUUGAAGAAAAAUUUGCCCAGGCGGUGUGUUUUUUGCUUGUAGAUGUGUACAUCUUAACCUACCAAGCUGAGAAAGCUUUGCAUCUUCUAGCUGUCCUAGAAAAAAUGAUUUCACAGGGUAACAAUAACAAAAAUGGAAAGAAUGAGACUGGUAAUAGCAAUAAAGAUGGAGCUAAUAAAGCUGAAAGUGGAACUCUGAUAGAAGCUGCAAAAUCAAAGAUACAUCAGUACAAAGUAAGAGCUUAUAUACAAAUGAAGUCUCUGAAAGCAUGCAAACGGGAAAUCAAAUCAGUCAUGAACACAGCUGGAAAUUCUGCACCCUCUCUGUUUCUUAAAAGCAAUUUUGAGUACUUAAGGGGCAAUUAUCGAAAAGCUGUGAAACUGUUAAAUAGUUCAAACAUUGCUGAGCAUCCAGGAUUCAUGAAAACAGGCAAAAAAUUUUCAGGAAGACCCAUGUGUACUUUACUAACCAACAAGAGGUACGAGUUGCUGUAUAACUGUGGGAUUCAGCUUCUUCACAUCAGGAGGCCUCUUGCUGCCUUCGAGUGUCUGAUCGAAGCCGUUCAAGUUUACCAUGCAAAUCCUCGCUUGUGGUUACGGCUGGCUGAAUGCUGCAUCGCUGCCAAUAAGGGGACUUCUGAGCAAGAAACUAAAGGUCUUCCAAGUAAAAAGGGAAUCGUACAGUCUAUCGUUGGUCAAGGCUAUCAUCGCAAAAUAGUUCUGGCAUCACAGUCCGUACAGAAUACUGUAUAUAAUGAUGGGCAGUCUUCAGCCAUUCCCGUAGCCAGUAUGGAGUUUGCAGCCAUUUGCCUCAGAAACGCCUUGUUGCUGUUAUCUGAAGAACAGCAAGAUCCAAAGCAGGAAAAUGGGUCUAAAGGCAGCAGCCAGCUCAGCGGGAACACAGAGAGCAGUGAGAGCAGCGAAACCUGCAGCAGUAAAAGCCAUGAUGGAGAUAAACUGAUUCCAGCUCCACCUUCUUCUCCAUUGAGAAAACAGGAACUAGAAAACUUGAAGUGCUCUAUACUGGCUUGCAGCGCAUACGUGGCCCUGGCCCUGGGUGAUAACCUGAUGGCUUUGAAUCAUGCGGAUAAACUUCUUCAGCAGCCCAAGCUGUCAGGCUCUCUUAAAUGGCUCAGUGAAAUAAGUGCUUCCCUGGCAAGCAUAUCCCUGGACAGGAUAUCGGAUGCAAUUACUCACUUGAACCCCGAGAAUGUCACUGAUGUCUCCUUAGGGGUCUCUUCCAAUGAGCAGGACCAAGGGUCAGACAAGGGUGAAAAUGAAGCAAUGGAAUCCUCUGGGAAGCGGGCACCCCAGUGCUACCCCAGUUCUGUCACUUCGGCCAGGACUGUGAUGCUCUUCAACCUCGCCAGCGCAUACUGCCUGCGGAGCGAGUAUGACAAAGCCCGGAAGUGUCUGCAUCAGGCGGCUUCCAUGAUUCACCCGAAGGAGGUCCCCCCUGAGGCCAUCUUGUUAGCUGUCUACCUGGAGCUGCAGAACGGUAAUACGCAGUUGGCCUUGCAGAUCAUCAAAAGGAAUCAGCUGCUCCCAGCGGUGAAAGCACACUCAGAAGUGCGGAAGAAGCCCGUGUUCCAGCCUGUCCACCCGAUUCAGCCCAUCCAGGUGCCAGCAUUCACCGCAGUGCAGAGAAAGUGAUGCUUUGCUUUCAAGAAAACCCCUGCCUAGGACCCAGGGCAACACUUACCUUGUUAGUUAUAUCACAGCAAAUGAAUAAAAGACACGUGCUGAAGAGU